AUGACGAUUUUACAAGAAUUGUUAACAAUAAAAAUAGUAACAAAAUCUUUGACGACAACGAUGCCGACUGUGAUAAUCAAGGACGGUGAUGAGAUAAAGCCGUGUUGGGAAUUUAUGAAACUGAAAAAACGGGAUUUCGAAAAAAAGAAGCUUAUUGUGACAAUCACUAAGGCGACGAUUCGGAAAGGUUUACUGAAGAAUGGAUAG